AUGAAUUUGUCAUUUCUUUUAUUACUAACAAUCAUUCCUCAAUCAUUCGGUCUGAAUGCAUUGUUUCUUAGCAUCGGUGCAGCUGGUCAUUCUAUUCCAAUGUUUGAAUUAGCCAAAGCAAUGAAAAACCAUAAUGUAACUUUUAUUACUGAAGCAUUCGCACAAUCAUAUAUUAAUGUUGAAAUGUAUUCGAAUAGAUCUUCAUUUCGAUUGAUCUUUACAAAUGAUUCAAUCGAUGCAAUUAUGGAAGAAAACAAAAUAGAACAAGAUAUUAUUGAAUAUUUUAUGGAUCAUUCAUUAUUUGAUAGUCUAUUUCAUAUAAUGCCAGCAAUUGGUCGAAUUACGAAUGCACUUAUGCAUAAAGCAAUACAUGAGUUAAUGUCCAAUCGAUUUGAUGUCGUCAUUAGUAGUUCAUUAGUCUUAGGCGUUCAUGCUUUAUGUCAAAAAGCCAAUAUAUCUUGUGUCAUACAGCGAGAAGAAAUUAAAUUGAGUAUUUUUGAUGUAAAUCUACCAACCAGUUAUUCGUUACUAUCAUCAAAACAGAUAACUGAAUUCAAAUAUCGUAUUUAUAAUGUUGCUUUUUAUUCACAUUUGAUAAUGACCAUUUUCAAAAAAUUAAUAGAAACAUUCUACAUGAUUUUCCAAUCAUUUCCUCAAAUACCAGGACCAUUUUAUGAUACUUUCACAUUAAAAAGUCUGUUAUUUACGCAAUCGAACUGUUUGAACUUAAUUGGUAUACCACCAACGCUCUACCCACCAUCGUAUUCACAUCAUCUUACGAAAUAUCUUGGUGGAUUUAUAGAUGAAUUAUCGAUCGACUAUGUUGAUAAUGAUCUUACAAGGUGGAUUAAAUCCAAACCAAUGAAUUCUAUUAUCUAUGUAGCUUUUGGUAGUACGGGUAUUGUUAGCUAG